AUGCUACAUCUCAGCCAUCCGGAAUUCAAUCAACGGGCGAGAUGGUCACAGGCUGAGCUACAACUAUGCAUAAGUGAACUCCCGAGUGGAUUGUUCGAGAAGCAUCGAGAUCUCAAUGCGCAAAUGGAUGAGUUGGAGAAGGAUGAGAAGAAGAUCAAGAAACGAAACAAUGAGAUUUACAAGAAUUAUUUAGAAAUCGUAUGCAGCCAGUGCUCGAGAUUAGAGUUGUUUGGGCAUCCGGAAUUCCUAAAAGGCUUCGUGAGACCUGGCGAACUCACCACUCGCUACGAAAUCAGUAUUGGUCUUCUCACAGUACUCAUCAAAAACUUGGCACUCAACGCAGCCGUCGGAAUCGGACCUCAAGACAUUGAUAUAGCAAUUGUACCGUGUUUUGAAAUCAUACGAAUGCCGGAUAUCAAUUUCGAGGCGGAGAUGAUAAAAGUGAUGGACAAAUAUAAAUACGAUGCCCGAAAACACACAAUCUUUAUGAAGAAGAUUUAUCAACACCUCACGGAUCGUAUCAGUUUUGUAAUGGAUUUGAACCUACCGAUACCCGAGGCUCCGCCCAGUCCCAGCGGAGAGAAAGACACGAAGCCAUGUCUCAGAGUCAUCAAAUUAGGCGCUGAUAAAAAGUAUUUCUUUGUUUUUGUGGAUGAGGUCAAAUUGGUUAUCGAUCGAUUAAAAGGCAGGAAGAAUAUUGAUUGGAAAUCCAAACGAUACCAUCCAUAUUUCCCACUGGAAUACUUGGAAUACGCGUUGGAAUUGUUUGGAUGCAAAAUGGAUCAAAUUUCGCUAGUCUCAAUGCCAGUUGGUCGUAAAGAAAACGGUAUCUACUGCUAUACUCCUGCACCAAACGGUGAGAACGUGGUUCCCGCCGAGUCGUGUCUGUUCCGAUUCGCAGAAGCGUACAAUAAAGCGACAGAAAACGGGAAGAAAAUGGAUUUAAUGCGGUCAUUCAAGCAAUUUCUUCACACUGGACAAGUCCUCCCGUAUUUCGUCAAAUAUUUCACUGAUCUCGAGACCCAACCGGGUGCCAGACAGAUAUCAAUGUCGGCUUAUAUGAAGAAACGAAUGACGACCACUGAGAAUUGUUAUUAUGAUGAGGUGGAAAUGAAGAAGAAAAUUAAAGGAAUUCAGCAGAAAAAGGAAACGAUACCCAAUGUACCGCCUGAAGUUACCACGAGCUUCCCCGCCGAAUUUAGGUUCACCAUUUCCGCGUUGUUGAAGUCUCAUAGUGAGGUUAGUUUAGCUUGA